GCUGGUUUUCUCGUGCAUUGGCGCGCUUCGUUUCAAAAAUCGUUAGACGCACGAGAGAAAACGCUCUUUCUCGACUUGGGACACAAUGGGUCGCGGGGGCAGGCCAAGCCUGAGACAGGGCUUGGAUAAAGAUGUCUAUCAGAUUGUGCGCAAAAUCAUGGACGAGCAGGCGGAGAAUGGAGCUACGCGGAUUUCUGUUACGACGAUAUACGACACGAUCAAGCGAUCGAACUCGAGUCUAAAUCGCAAACCUAAGAGGAUUCUCGAGGAUAGCAUCGAGCGUGUGGUGGCGGUGAUUCAAGGCGAUGAGGAGGAGGAGGAUUCCGUUGAAGGGGACUUUGAAGGGCUGGAGGAGCCGGCAGCGCCGGAGUCCAACAGUUUGAACAAGAGCCUCGUCGGCAUGUGGAAUACCAAGAACGGCGUAACGGACGCCCAGAAAUCCGGCGAGACGAACAAUACGACAGACAACACGGCCACCACGCCGGCUCCUAAAUCGUCAACGAAAAAGCGACACCAUGGCGGCGAAUCUACCUCCUCCAAACGCCGCAAGGGCGACACCGCCGUCGACCGCUCCCCGCCCACGCACGUCAGUCUCGCGGACUUGGGGGGGUUGGAUGAUGUGGUUGAGCAGCUCGGAGACCUGGUCAUCCUGCCCAUGACCCGCCCACAAGUCUACAUGUCCUCCAACGUGCAGCCGCCGCGCGGCGUGCUGCUCCACGGUCCCCCCGGUUGCGGUAAGACGAUGAUCGCCAAUGCCUUCGCCGCCGAGCUGGGCGUGCCCUUCAUCUCCAUCUCCGCGCCCUCCGUCAUCUCGGGGAUGUCCGGUGAGUCCGAGAAGGCGCUGCGCGAGUACUUCGAGGAAGCCCGGCGCAUCGCGCCCUGCCUCAUCUUCAUCGACGAGAUCGACGCCAUCACGCCGAAACGCGAGAGCGCGCAGCGCGAGAUGGAGAAGCGCAUCGUGGCACAGCUCCUCACCUGCAUGGACGACCUGGCGCUUGAGAAGACGGACGGCAAGCCGGUCAUCGUGCUGGCCGCCACCAACCGGCCCGACAGCCUGGACGCCGCGCUCCGCCGCGGCGGCCGCUUCGACAAGGAGAUCAACAUGACGGUGCCGUCGGAGCCCGUGCGCGAGCAGAUCCUCCGCGCGCUGACCCGCAAGAUGCGGCUGGCCGACGACCUCGACCUCAAGCUCCUGGCCAAGCGCACCCCGGGCUUCGUGGGCGCCGAUCUCAACGACCUGGUGGCCACUGCCGGCGCUGCCGCCAUCAAGCGGUACCUCGAGAUCCUGAAACAGAACAGCGGGCCCGAGGACGAGAAGAUGAUGGACAUGGACCUCGAGGACCUCAGCGUGACCGACGACCUCAGCCCCAAGGUCAAAGAGAUCCGGCGGUUGAUCAUCCACGCCAAGGACACGCCCAUCGGGGACGAGACGCAGACGGUCCUGGUGUCGAACGCGGACUUCUUCACCGCGCUGCCCAAGAUCCAACCCUCGUCCAAACGCGAAGGGUUCGCGACGAUCCCGGACACGACGUGGGCGGACAUCGGGGCGCUGGGCGGGAUCCGCGACGAGCUGUCGACGGCGAUCGUGGACCCGAUCCGCCACCCGGAGAUCUACGCCAACGUGGGCAUCACCGCGCCCACGGGGGUGCUGCUCUGGGGACCCCCCGGGUGCGGUAAGACGCUCCUCGCGAAGGCGGUGGCCAACGAGUCGCGGGCCAACUUCAUCAGCGUCAAGGGGCCCGAGCUCCUCAACAAGUUCGUGGGCGAGUCCGAGCGCGCGGUGCGCCAGGUGUUCGUGCGCGCGCGCUCCUCGGUCCCCUGCGUCAUCUUCUUCGACGAGCUGGACGCCCUCGUCCCGCGCCGCGACGACACCCUCUCCGAGGCCUCCGCCCGCGUCGUCAACACCCUCCUCACCGAGCUCGACGGCCUUGGCUCCAGCCGCCAGGGCAUCUACGUGAUCGCCGCCACCAACCGGCCCGACAUCAUCGACCCCGCCAUGCUGCGGCCCGGCCGCCUCGAGACGCUGUUGUUUGUCAACCUCCCCAGCCCCCUCGAGCGCGCCGACAUCCUGCAGACCCUCGUCCGCAAGCUGCCCAUCGAGUUCGACGACAACCUCCGCCGCCUCGCCGAGGAAUGCGAGGGCUUCAGCGGUGCCGAUCUCGGCAGUCUGCUGCGCCGCGCCGGCUACUCCGCCAUCAAGCGGCGCGACACCAUCAAGUUCGAGGACUUUGUCGCCGCCAAGGCGUUCAUUCGGCCCAGUGUUACCGAUCUGAAGAAGUAUGAGCGUUUGAGGAGGGAUUGGAGCGGUGGUGUUGUCUAGGUCGCGUCGCUAUUGCGGAAUGGAGGUUACUACUGUACAUAGAUAGAUAGACUGAGAGGUCGGAAGGUG